AUGAGCUUCUCCAACGCUUCCCAUGACUCGAUCUCUGUUCAAGAAGCUUCUCGUAAACGUACCUUUGAUCAUGUAGAGGACUCCGUUCACGCUCCCAACCAGACUCCCAGGGCUCAUAUCAAGCGUGCCCGAGUUGCGCCACCUCAACCUCAGAUUUGGACAUACGCUCAACCUCAAAACUUGAUAAACCAUAGCACAGGAGUGACACCGAGCUAUCAAAACACCCAACAUUUCGCGCUGGGUAUGUAUGCUGGCAGUAGGGGAUCUCUGGUGCAAGGAUUGUACCCAAGAAGUGUCGAGAAUGCGGUCUGCUUUCCUCAUCAGACCCGCAUGGCGUACAUCAACAGUACCCAAAUUGCACCACGUCGAGCUCAAAAUGUAUUCCAUACACAGCCUCAAAGGUUGGUGUAUCACAACACAGGAAUGACGACGAGUACGCAAGACUUCGCGCCGGGCAUGUCUGUCGGCAGUAGGAGAGAGGUGGUACAAAGUUCUUAUCAAACUAUCAACUACCAGACCAGGGCUAGGGAUGAAGAAUUCGAGGCGUUCAAACUGAAGUUGGCAUUGGAGUUAUUGAUGUCGCCUACAUCUACAACUCCUGUUUUGAUGAACGGAAGUCAAUGUAGCCCUUCAACCUCUUAUCCUUCGCUCCCUUCAUCACGUGACCCAUCGCCAACGGUGCCAUUUAGGCAUGUGGCAUCAUAUCCUCAUGAUCGGCCUUCCAAUCCAGCAAUAGAGAGGAGAAACCCGAUGCCUCGGUCAUAUGGUCAUGAAGUUCUGUAUGGCUCAUUGGAGUCUCAGAUGAUUUCUCCUACUUUGAUGAAUGCACAUCAAAGUAUCCUUACUACAUCUCAACCUUUAAUUCCGGCGUCACUCGCACCAUCUCAAACUGAACCACCCGAGACGACGGUAUUUUCAUCUCAUCGGACAUUUGGCCCAGUCAUAGAGCGUGAUUAUUCAAUGCCGUUGCUUUACGAAAAUUUACCGACGGCAGUUCCAUACCGGUUGGCGUAA